AUUCUGUUUGUAAUAGUAAAGAAUUUUGACACUAUUUGGGCAGCGGCAUGAUGGAGAGGUGCAGGAGCUUGAGAAGUUAUUUGGAGCAAAAGGAAAAAACCAAUGAAAUCAUUGCAUUUGCAUUUGCAUCACAAAAAAAUAAGCUUUACCUUUGACUCCUCUCUCUCUCUCUCUCUCUUUCUCUACAGUGUUUUCCCCAUUGCCAACAUCCUUCAAAUUAGGUAUUCUUUUUGCCUCUCCUUUCAUUCUUUGCAUUUCUCCUCUCUCUACUUUCACUUUCUCCAUCUCCCUCCGCUACCCCCUUUCGGAUCUGCUCCAGAUUUCCCUCUAAACCACCUUUCUCUUCACCCUAUUUUUCCCUUCAAAAUAUUUCACUCUUACCCUACCUUUUUCUUCUCCAACAACUCUUGGCCACUGUUUGUGCUUUACUAAUUUCACCAUGCUCUGCAUCAACUUUUACGCCACAAGGGUUGUUUUUUAAUUGUUGAAGAACUAAAUGGAUGCUCAGCCAUGGAUUUGGUAUAUUUGAUCUCCACUGAAACUGUUUAUCGUCUAUGAUGGACUCUAAAACUAGCGCUGUGGCUCCCCCGAAACACCAUCAGAAGCUGUCAGGGAUCCAAACUGUAGAAACAAAAGACAACAAGCCUAGUUCACUGCAGGCUCAGAAGACAGGCAAACCUGAACUGGCUGCUUCCGAAAGUUCAUUGAACUCCAUGCAAAGCGCAUCCAAGCAGAAAACUGGGGAAACUUCGGAAAACAAGAAGUUGGGAAUAUCAAAACCAAAGGGGUCUGCUGAUUCCUUGAGUAGUAAACGUGGUUCUGGACCUUCUGGUGCUUUUGUACCUGUUAUUGACCCAGCAUCUGGAGAAGUUGACCGUGCUGGUAAUGAGAGCAAAGGCUUGCAGGAAAGCUUUACUGACAAAGAAAGAAAGACAUCAGAAUAUGGAAGUGUGAAGAGCAGUUUUGUUUCUGCUAAAGUUAGCGAUGGGGCUAGCAGUCUUGCAAAGACUAGUGGAAGUGCCAAGAUUAGUGAUCGAGCUGAUUUUGUUGAGAGUGGUAAGAGCAGUAUUUGCAGAGGAAGUACAAGCAGUGAUAUGAGUGAUGAAAGUUCUUGUAGCAGUUUUAGUAGUGGCAUUAACAAGCCCCACAAGGCAAAUGAUUUGAGAUGGGAAGCUAUUCAAGCUAUUCGAACUAGGGAUGGGUCAUUGGGUUUAGGUCAUUUCAGACUACUGAAGAGGUUGGGUUGUGGGGAUAUUGGCAGUGUAUAUCUCUCUGAAUUGAGUGGAACUAAGUGUUAUUUUGCAAUGAAGGUAAUGGACAAAGGAUCCCUUGCUAGUCGUAAAAAACUACUCCGUGCCCAGACAGAAAGAGAAAUACUGCAGUCGUUGGACCACCCCUUCCUCCCAACUCUGUAUACCCAUUUUGACACAGAGAAGUUCUCAUGUUUGGUAAUGGAAUUCUGCCCAGGUGGAGACUUGCAUACUCUUAGGCAGAGGCAGCCAGGGAAGUAUUUUCCCGAGCAAGCAGUGAAAUUUUAUGUGGCAGAGGUCCUGUUAGCUUUGGAGUACCUCCACAUGCUUGGGAUUGUCUACCGUGAUCUCAAGCCAGAAAAUGUCCUUGUUAGGGAUGAUGGACAUAUUAUGCUCUCUGAUUUUGACCUUUCCCUCCGUUGUGCUGUUAGUCCAACCCUUGUUAAGACCUCAUCAAUGGAUUCUGAGCCUGUAAGAAAGAAUCCUGGAUAUUGUGUCCAGCCUGCAUGUAUCGAGCCACCUUCCUGCAUCCAGCCAUCCUGUGUUGCUCCUACUACAUGCUUUUCACCCCGGCUCUUUUCUAGCAAAUCAAAGAAGGAACGGAAACCCAAAACUGAAAUUGGCAACCAAGUGAGUCCAUUACCGGAGCUCAUUGCAGAGCCUACUGAUGCGCGGUCUAUGUCAUUUGUUGGAACACACGAGUACUUGGCUCCUGAGAUAAUCAAGGGUGAGGGUCAUGGGAGUGCAGUUGAUUGGUGGACUUUUGGAAUCUUUCUAUAUGAGCUGUUGUUUGGGAAAACACCGUUCAAGGGAUCUGGAAACCGUGCUACAUUGUUUAAUGUUGUAGGCCAGCCUCUGCGGUUUCCAGAAGCACCUGUUGUAAGUUUUGCUGCUAGGGAUCUUAUAAGGGGGUUGCUUGUAAAGGAACCUCAGCACAGAUUGGCAUAUAAAAGAGGUGCUACUGAGAUUAAGCAACAUCCCUUUUUUGAAGGUGUGAAUUGGGCAUUGAUCCGGUGUGCUACCCCGCCAGAGAUCCCAAAGCCAGUGGAGUUUGAGAAGAUACCUUCCCCAGCUUCAUCAGCCAGCGAAAAGGCUGUACAUCAUAUGUCAAUACCUAAUCAGAAAGGUUCUGAUAAUUACCUUGAGUUUGAUUUCUUCUAGGGAUAUAUACAACAUUGACUCCAAAAGGUUUCUGUUAGGGGAGGAACUGUUUUUUCGAUGUUUAAGGAACCGAUGAUGAGAAAUUGUAUGUUUGUUUUUAUUGGCUUUUUGCAGUUUUAUUUUUAUAUUUGUAUGCAUAAUUAAUGCAUGGCUUCUCUGUCAUGUCCGAGGUUUCAAAGAAAUUUUCCCUACUAACCGACAAUGCCUUGGGAAUUUGGGCUUUAGGAAACCAGUGGGAAAUGUGGAAAAGGCAAAAUACACUCCUCUAUAGACAUGAACAUCAACUAGAAUGUAUAAUGGUUUAGAUAGUUUAUUUUCUCCUUUGCAAUA